AUGAAAAAUAAAAAUGGUGUAUUAUUUUGUUUCGUGAUCAUUUCGCUCGUAUCCUUCGAAGUGCACGCCUUUGUUCAACCCUCAGCCGAAACUUUGGAACAAUAUAAGGCAAUUUUGUCUUCGUUGAAUUCUAGCAUCGAUCCGUGUAAUGAUUUCUAUCAAUAUGCCUGUGGAAAUUGGCCGCAACAUCAUAGGGAGGAAAAUUUUGGUAUUGCCAAUAUGAUGCAGAGGUUAUAUGCCAAGGAUCUGCAGGAUAUUAUCGAAAAGGAAUAUCCCAUAAGUGUAGUGGAGAAUUUGGAAGAGGGUAGUGCCACGAAAAAGACCCUGCAAUAUUAUUACUCAUGUGUCGAAUUAGAGUCGGUGGAUGUUAUGAAAUUUGUGGAGAUGGUAAAACCUGCCCCCGGGGUGGAGUGGCCUUUGUUGGAGGAAUUUAAGGCCGAUGGAAAUAAAACAAAAUUCCGUUUAAGACCCAUGGAAUUUUUUGGCCUCCUGGGGAGGCUUCAUUCCCUAGGUGUAAAUAAUGAAUUGGUAAGGCUGCUACCGUUGUACUUGGAAAAUGGCCAAUUGGUGGUGAUUUUUACCAUCCCCAAUGUCCAAUAUAUGGAGCAACAGCAGAUUCAGGACCUUCUGCAGGAAAUUCUCUGGGACAAGGAAAGUGUGGGAAAAGUGACAGAGGAAAUUUUUGACACUCAAAAUUAUUGGCAAUCGAUUUAUGAUAAUUAUACAAAUUCUGAAAAUGAGGAGGAGCAGGACGAAGCAGAGGAUGAGGGCUACACCCUGACUGACUUACAUUUGCGAUACCCGAAACUUUAUAAAUUCCUGCAGAAAGCCUUAUCCCAAAGACUGCGUCAGAAAAAACCCUUGGUGGCAUUUUCCAAUGAAAAUUAUUAUAAAUUUUUAUUUUCCCAUAAAUGGCCCGCAAACGAAGUUAAAAAUUUUUCGAAUUAUCUCCUGCUGAAAUUCAUUAUGAUUUUGAAAAGGGAACAUAGUUUUGGUUGCCGGAUAAAUGUCGUCAACCAAAUCCCCUUCAUAUUCCAUGGGCUUUACCACAAACAUCGCUACGAGGCAUAUGGUGAGGAUCUGAAUUCCCACAUCGUGGGUGUGAGUAAAAAAAUCUAUAAAAAUUUCCUAGAAAUUCUCCAUGAAAACCAUCUGAAUUUCACCCACCGACAAUUGGGGAAUCUUCAAGAAAAACUCUCCAAAGUCUCCAUAAAUAUUGGAAAUCUACCACGGAAUCAAGAUCCACAAAUUCUUGAAAACUUUUAUCGCCACCUACCCGAAAUGGAUGCACUCAACUACUAUCUGAAUAAUCUGCAACUAAAACAACAUUCCGUUGGAGAACAUCUGAAAUGCCCUCCCUUUCUAAGUUGUCGAGAAGAUCCCGAUCAUAUACCCUAUUAUGAUCGUACGCUGAAUAUGAUAACAAUACCCUUUGGUACCCUGAAAUCUCCUCUCUAUGACUUACACCAUGAUGCGCUACUAAUAUAUUCCUCUUUGGGUACCAUAUUGGGUCAUGAGCUGACACAUGCCAUUGAUCCGACAUCGCUGGAGGAAUUUGAAUCCACGGAUUUCAAAUCUAUCACAGAAAAAUCUGAAAUUUUGGAAUCCCUCAGCUGUAUGCAGCGACAACAGGCCACUCACACUAUUGAUGAGCGCAUUGCUGAUUUGGUGGGAACACGGGUCGCCUGGAAGGCCUACAGUAUGGAGCGAAGUGAAUCGGUUCGGAAAUUUUCAGAACUAUCAUGGCAGAAAUUAUUUUUCUUAAAUUUGGCACAAUAUUUCUGUGUCAAACGGUUCGAUUUUGAUGAUGAACAUGAUGCACCGCCGAUGCGUUUAAAUGAAGUGGUUCGGAAUUUUGAGGAGUUCGCGGAAGCGUUUCAGUGUCCGCUGGGUAGUAAAAUGAACCCACAAAAGAAAUGUAGAUUUUACUAA